AUGGUAUGCCUUGUUGUCCUAGGCAUCUCGCCAGAACAGUGGGGCAUUGAAGACCAUGACCUCUCGCGUAAUGCCACAUUGCGUAGUCUCCUCCUCCAAGAUCAACUGUGCCUAAAGACCAGAGUGGGAUGGUGGAUUUUCCGAGCUGCCGCUGGGAGUGUCGAGCCGAUGAGGACAGUCAUGGACCACGACUACGCCACGUUGCAGAGCCAGUUUCAGAAGGGCCCCUUGCCUGAAACGAUUCCGGUUACGGAGUGCAGCAGGGGAUGUCGUCUUGUUCUGCCGAAGGGUCAUCGGCAUAUCGAUGAGUGA